AAAGAUCUUGUCUGCAUGGAGAUACUCUGUAUUAGACUACAACAAAGUAAAGUCACUUCGCUCCUCGAUGAGGGUAUCCAGAUUCCAGAAGGGCUUCGUGUAUGGACUUCAAGCCUUGGAGAUAGCAGAAUAUUCAGCAGAAGAAAAGAUGAAAAGGAGUAUGCACUGAAGCAAAUUGAAGGUACAGGGAUAUCCAUGUCGGCCUGUAGAGAGAUUGCACUUUUACGAGAAUUGAAGCACCCUAAUGUCAUUGCGUUACAGAAGGUUUUCCUUUCUCACAGUGACAGAAAGGUUUGGCUGCUGUUUGAUUAUGCCGAACAUGAUUUGUGGCAUAUUAUCAAGUUUCACCGUGCCUCAAAAGCAAAUAAAAAACCCAUGCAGUUGCCAAGAUCUAUGGUUAAAUCACUACUCUACCAGAUCCUUGAUGGAAUACAUUACCUCCAUGCAAACUGGGUGCUUCACAGAGACCUGAAACCAGCAAACAUUCUGGUAAUGGGAGAAGGUCCUGAAAGAGGAAGAGUCAAAAUAGCUGACAUGGGUUUUGCCAGAUUGUUCAAUUCACCUCUAAAACCAUUAGCAGAUUUGGAUCCAGUCGUGGUGACAUUCUGGUACAGAGCUCCAGAACUGUUACUUGGUGCCAGGCAUUACACGAAGGCCAUUGAUAUAUGGGCAAUUGGCUGCAUAUUUGCUGAACUAUUGACUUCAGAACCUAUUUUUCACUGUCGUCAGGAAGACAUCAAAACAAGUAAUCCUUUUCAUCAUGAUCAGCUAGAUCGCAUUUUCAGCGUAAUGGGAUUCCCUGCAGAUAAAGACUGGGAAGAUAUAAGGAAGAUGCCAGAAUAUCCCACACUUCAAAAAGACUUUAGGAGAACAACAUAUGCCAAUAGUAGCCUCAUAAAAUACAUGGAGAAACACAAGGUCAAGCCUGACAGUAAAGUUUUCCUUUUGCUUCAAAAACUUCUCACUAUGGAUCCUACAAAGAGAAUUACCUCAGAGCAGGCUUUGCAGGAUCCCUACUUCCAGGAGGAUCCACUGCCUACAUCAGAUGUGUUUGCUGGCUGUCAGAUUCCUUAUCCAAAACGAGAAUUCCUCAAUGAGGAUGAACCCGAAGAGAAAGGGGAUAAGAAUCAGCAGCAGCAGAAUCAGCAUCAGCAACAAACAGCACCUCAGCAGCAACAGCAAGCAGCACCUCAGCAGCAGCAACAGCAACAAAACAGUACCCAGACAAAUGGGACGGCAGGAGGAGGUGGAGCAGGAGGAGGGGGCACUGGGGCAGGACUCCAGCAUAGCCAGGACUCCGGCCUCAAUCAGGUGCCUCCAAAUAAGAAACCACGCAUAGGGCCUUCAGGCACUAACUCAGGCGGGCCUGUUAUGCCUUCAGAUUAUCAGCACUCCAGCUCACGCCUGAGUUACCAAAGCAACAUUCAGGGAUCUUCUCAGUCCCAGAGUACGAUGGGCUAUUCCACAUCAUCUCAGCAGAGCUCUCAGUAUCACCAGUCUCAUCAAUCUCACAGGUACUGAGAGGCCUAAUAGACUGUGCUUGGAAAGGAAUGGACUAAAAGCCAGAAGACUCCAGCAAUAUGAAGUUCAUAAUAAUGAGAAGAACCAAAAAUGCAAACUGCGAUGCAGAUUUAAAAUUCACAAUUACAAGAGGAAAACUUUAGUUACUGAAGAUUUUUUUUCAGACAACUCUGUCCUUCCAUCAUUGCCAUAAAGGAGAUUCUUGUGAAGUGCCCCCCAGCUUCCCCUCGCAUGUGUCCCGUUGUGGUUACUCUGAUGAAAUCUUCUGAUCUGAACCCAGCACUUAACUUCUUUAACCUUUGGAAUUUUUGAAGGAUUCCUGGUGCACCUUUCUCAUGCUGUAUUGAUCGCCAUAAGUCUAUCUUUGCAAAUCUCUUUAAUGGGAUUUUACAGUUUUAAAAUCUUGAACUCCCAGGCUUUCAAGCUUGUAUAUAGUUAGUUUUUUACUAGGCAAACCAGUUUAGCUAUACAAGUAUAAUGCACCUUUUUAAAGCACUAUGUUAUUUUCACAGGAUAUUACUGUUUUGCUCAUGGAUGUCAAGAAAAGCGAAUUUUACUGUUCCAGAGUAUUUUACUAUUCUGUUUUUAUUAAUCUAGUUUUCAGGCAAGGUCUUAAAAAAAAAAUUAAAAUAAAAAAAAAAUAAAGGAAAGAAAAGAAAAAAAGUACCCACCCAAGUCUCUGCAGCAGCUAAUAUGCUGCAUGCUACUGGACCGAACACCAAACAGAAGAUCAUGAAUGUUUUUUAAAUCAUUCAUAUUGAAUCCCAUUGAUUACAGCCAUCACCUUCUAAGUAGCUUUGAAUUAAACAUUAUUUUAAAUUAGACCAUGAUGGUUACAUGAAAAGGAGAUGGCCUUCAGGGCUCUGCUGGAACAAAGCAAUGGAACAUCUUCCCUGGUUGUGCACCCAGAAUAGCCAGGAAAAUGCAUUGACUGGCCUCAUGUCUUGGUAGAAGAGAGUGUGGGGAUGAAGGGCUUGUCUUUCUGUUAAACAGCUCUUUAGUAUGUUCUGUAAAUCCUGCUUUUGAUGUUGCAGUCUCUUUUGUUGGUUUCCCUGAAUCAUUUAUCUAAAUACAGAAAAUAUUAAGACUUAUAAAGAACAAAGAAGUAUCCGUCUUUACAUAGGAUCAUUACAUUUAAGUAAAAAUAUUGUACAUUUUAAAGAGCAUGUUAAAAACUGUUCUAGUUUCUCAUGUUUAUAAUGGAUAUUCUGUAUUCUUCCCAUUGCUGUGAUUAUCCCAGAUUAGUUGCACCAGAUGCACUUGAUUGCACUGAAAUAGGUUGGGGUUUUAUUUGGUGUUUUUUUUUCCCCUUCCCCCAAGAGCAAAUAUAUUUUGAUUGUGCCUGAGGACUGUAAGUGGAUGGAUAACUGGCAGGCUAUGCCAGGUAAAUAAUCAGCAUUCACAAGCAUAAUCAGAGGACCACAAUUCAAUUAAUGAAGCCUCAGCUAUUCAGAGAAACGUAACAUAACUUGAGGCAGCUCCAUUUUAUAUUUCAUUGCUUAAAGAAGGCUCAUGAUUCUCAUUGCACUAAAACUGGAAAGACAUUUAUUUACUUUAAAAUGUUACGAGCUGGAUAAGCAGCCCCCGGCUUUUUUAAUUGAUUGCUGAAAAAGAGGUAGCAGAAGGAGCAAGCUAUGUAUAAAAAGGGCAUAUUAUUGAAAUUUACACUUUACAGUGUGGUCUCUUCUGUCUGACUCCGUGUUCUAGCCUGAAUCCAUGUGAGAAUUUAGAUGUAAAGCAGUAAACAUUUCACAAUAAAUUAGUGGUAGAUGUUAGCAGGGUGUUAGAUAUGUAUGCCCCAAGGAGAAUAUUCAUUCAUCCCAGUCAUACAAGAAUGAUAAAUAUUUCUGUGGAGACUGAUCUUUCAUCCCUGCAAAAAUCUUUUAUUUUUAUAAGCAGUUGGAAAUGUAUGUGGUUUGGCCAGAUCAUGGGCCACAUGACUUCGAUGACAUUGGUCUUCUCAGAGAAGUGUCUGGAGGUAAAAUUAAAUUUAAAAUGAGUGAAAGAGCAGUGAAAGUGAAAUGGAGCAAUUUGAAGAGAAAUAUUGCCAAUUGUUAUUAGGACAAAACCAUCUCCUACUGAAUACUUUUCAUCUUUAUUCUCUAUGAUAUUAUGUGCCAUGUGUAUCUGAGUAACUUUGUUGGUGGGAACUGAUUUUCAUUGGUUCUUUACUUGAGUUCAGUGAAUCUGCUAGGGUUAAAAUCUUUUCCAGGAUUAAUUACCCCAAGUUUUUAUUGAAGUUAGGAGGAGCCCCAUGGCUGUAUCUGAGGAACAAUUUGGCCCCUGCCAACAACAUUGUUGGAUAUUCUUGUGAUUGGCUUCCACAUUUCUGACUAGCAGCCCUUGAUAUAUGCUGCUUUGUCGUCUCCUCUUCUCACCCCUCUAUCCAGUCAAAGCACUAUUGUCUCUUUGAGCAUAAUCGUUUAAUAUUUAUACUCUUUGCCACCUCUUCAAAGUACUGGUAAUGGCAGGAGGGGGAAAGGGACAAGUCUUCUCCUGGCUGAGUUGGAUUCCUAUGGUGCCAACAAAGUUAAAUUUUAGUGUAGGUUCACGUAUGUGCGAAGCGUGAAGAUUCACAGCAUUGUAAUAUGCUUUAAUUCAGUGAGCUUCCAUCCCCUAGAAUGACUGCCAUGAGCUGAAUAAGUAUUUCUUUAUUUGCUUAAUCUAAAUCACUUAUUGUGCUCCAGUGCCCUGCCGCUUCUGCGCGCAUUCAUAAAACUGAACUAACUCCUCCAUUGCCUUCCAGGUAAAAGCUGAAUGGGGAAUAGAUAAAGGGAAAGGUUACUGUUGGAAAUGUUUACUGUGCACACUUACUUCCUUUCCUCUGCCAGUUGGUUUUUGGAUGUUUGGUCUUUUCUGGUGAGUUAUAUGUGACUUUCAAGAUGGAUGGGAGCCAGCCGCAAGAUGAAGCAGCCUUGUUUCAGGGGGUGAUUUCACAAGGGAAAAAUGCUCUUUUUGUCGAAAGGUUAAUCAGGUAGUCUGUUGUGAGAAACCAGGAGCAUGUAUAUUUUUGUGCCUGGUCAGUUAUAGCAGUUGAUACAUACUGGUAUUCCCUUUUUUUAUCCUUACCCUGAACCUCUGUGUGCCCCCACAAAACCUGAAACCCAGUAAUGGAAAGUGAUACCAAUAAGCCUUUUUUCCUGUUCUCUUGGUGAUGCAUUUGGACCAUCCAGUAUCAUUCUGCGAUGUUUCUGCUCUGGCCUUUGGAGGAAACACAAAAGUGGGGAAUAGGAUUAGCAGCAUAGUCUACAUUGGUGAAGUUUAUGUAGCACAAACUGCACAAUGAAGGAAGAAUAUUGUGAAAGCCGUGAGUCCUGCACUGUAUCUGUGACACUGUAUCUUUUUUUGGGGGGUGGGGGGGAGGGAAGAGCAUUCUGAGAGGGGAUAGGGGGGAAGCUUGAAGUAUUCAAAUGUGUAUAAUAUUUUAUAUAAACAUAAUCUUAGUUCCCCUUCAUAAUCUUCAGUAAUGGUACUUAAACACCAUUAAGCAAAGAAUUGUUUUAGGGUUAAAUAAAUGUAUUGUACAUAAGGCCAUAUGUAAUCUUCUAAAAACGUUGCCACACAGCAGCGAUAUGUAUUACUAUAUGAAAAAAGUCCUUAAUGCACUGUUAUCUCCUAAAUAUUUAGUAGUAAAUUAAUACUAUUUAAUUUUUUUAAAAAUCUGUCUUGUGUAGACACUAAAAGUAUUACACAAAAUGUGGGCAGAAGAUGUCCUUUUUAACAGCAAUUUAAAGAACUUUUUAUAUAUGUAAUGUAGUAUACUUUCAAAUUGUUCUAGCUGUAUUUUCCCAUGUUUACUAUUUGUGGACAUUUGCCUGUCUCACUUCAGUUAUUUUUUAUUAUUAUUAUUUCCUGCACGCAUCCCUCAUUUUUGUAGUUUUAUUAGAGAUUUCCGCAGCAGAGCUUUCCUGUUCUAGCUCUGUGGUGGGCACUUACAGCAGUGCCCCUGCUGAUGGACUUCAAGAAUCACAGGGCAAAAUAUUUGUUUCCCAUUCUACAGUUAAAGAGUUUACUGCUUUUAAGUUGUCCUGAUGUCACUCUUGAAAUGACUGUUAAAACAAAACUAUGAGUUCAUUGCAUUUAUUUUAUAUUCUUGGCUGUAAUGAAAUUGAAUUGACUUUGCUUCAGUGUGAAUUUUUUAAAUAAAAAUAAUAUACAUUUGUAAUAAUAAUAAAAUGUUCAAAUCAGAUAAGUGUGCU